AUGGUUUUACCACGCGCCCUCACCUUCAUGCGACACAGUGCCGCGCGAGGGGUCGCGGGCUCCCUUCGCGCAACAGCGGCCGCGGACGCCGCUGUCCGUCAGACAUCCACCCUCGCCAGGAUGGAGGAUGGCAGGGCGCCGCCCAAGCGCCGCCGCCGCCCACCCCCUUCCGCGCCACAGCGAGCGGCGCCGGCACCGGCGUACAAUCCUCUGCAACAAGAUUCCAACGGGUACGCCCGGCCGCCGAUCGCCAACGGGGCUAGCCCGCAGGGCAUGAUGAACGGGGGGGCGGCGUCGCGGACGUCCUCCACGACGAGGUCGGCCCUGACGUCGGUGCGCUUCGCGGACCUGGGGAUCUCGGCGCCCCUGCUGCGCGCCAUCACCGAGGUGUUCGGGUACGAGGAGGCGACGGAGGUGCAGGCGGAGAGCAUACCGGUGUCGAUGACCGGAAGGGAUCUCCUGGUGAAGGCCAAGACGGGCACCGGCAAGACGAUCGCGUUCGUGCUGCCGGCGCUGGAGCGCGUCCGCGCACGUGGCCGGAGCAGCAAGGCCGACGGCGUGUCGAUACUCGUGAUCUCGCCCACGCGCGAGCUCGCGAUGCAGAUAUGCGAGGAGGCGCGGAUGCUUUCCAGAUUCCUGCCGGGCGUCGCAGUGCAGGCCGUGGUUGGCGGCACCAACGUGCGGACCGACGUGGCCAAGUUCCAGCGGGAGAUGCCCACCCUCCUGGUGGCCACCCCGGGGCGCCUCCAAGACCAUCUUUCCACGCCGUCGUCGGGGCUCUUGAGCGGCCUUUCGCGUCUGGGCACGCUCGUCCUGGACGAAGCCGACCGGCUGCUGGACAUGGGCUUCCGGCCGGAUCUCGAGCGCAUUCUCGCCCAGCUCCCGCCCACGUCGGAGAGGCAGACGCUGCUGUUCAGCGCCACCAUGCCCGCCGAUGUGCGAGACAUGGUCCGCCUGGCGCUGAAGCCGGACGCGGCAGUUGUCGACUGCGUGGGCGAGGAGGUGGCCACGCACGAGCGGGUGGAGCAGCGCCUGGUCGUGACGCCGCAGGAGGGCCAGAUCCCCGCGCUGGCCUGCUGCCUUGCGGAGAUGAUGCGCGUGCCCGAUUACAAGAUCCUCGUCUUUUUCGGGACCGCGCGGCAGACGCAGCUGCACGCUGAGCUGUGGUGCGUGAUGGAGGGGGGCCACCCGGUGCUGGAGAUCCACUCGCGGAAGUCGCAGGGACACAGGAAUAAGGCCAGCGACUUCUUCCGGAACAACAGCAACACCAUCAUGUUCUCGUCUGACGUCACCGCGAGGGGGAUGGACUUCCCGGACGUGACUGGCAUUGUGCAGGUGGGACGGCCGGCAGACCGGGACCAGUACAUACACCGUCUGGGAAGGACGGGGAGAGGCAGUGGCGCGGUGGGAAAGGGCGUCCUGUUGCUGACUGACUGGGAGGCGGCGAGCUUCACUCGCCUGUUGGGAGAUCUUCCCGUGAGCGUGGCAGAUGGGUACCCAAGAGCGGAUCUGGAUGCUAACUCGGCAAGGAUGUCGGCGGGCUUUAGGUCAGUGUCGCGCCAGACGAAGCAGCAGGCCUACCAAGCCACGCUUGGCUACUACGCCCAAUACAUCAAGGCUCUGGGGCGCGAUUGGACAAAGGAGCGACUUGUGAGUGUAAUUAACGAUUACUAUCUCAACAUAAUUGGAGAAGAUGAGGUCCCUGCGCUGCGUGCGAGCACUGUCUCAAAGAUGGGGAUGAAGGGCGUGGUGGGAAUACGAGUCGAGCGAGGCGGUGGAGGUGGGGGCAGGAGUGGCAAUAGGGGCGCAGGAUCAAGUGGAAGGCAACACGCAGUUGGUGGUGGCGGUUCUGAUGGAAAUGCUGGCAGAGGACGCCCAGCAAGUGAGAAUGGCCGUCGCCGACCGCUGAGUGCUGCAGGGCCAUCUGAUUAUAGCGGUCAUCAAGAGUACAGCACAGGUUUUGCCAGGGCACACCACCCAGGUGGCAGGGGUGGUGGUGGUAGUCGCCAAGGGGUGGGUCGUGGCAGGCCAGGCAGAUAG